AUGGCCUCCAAUGAUAAUUUUUUCAGGAUUUUAUAUGGCUUUGGGUACGACCCAUUCACAGAUGAUUACUUAAUAGUUUCUGGGUCCUUCAAACACACCAAUGAUCCUGCAGAUAGUUCUAUUGACUUAGCCAUUUUCUCAUUGAGAGCUAAUCAAUGGAAGCAAAUUCAGUCUGCUUCUCAUUUUCCUUAUUGGACUAUUGAUACAUGUGUAGAUCCUGGAGUUGGGUUGCUCUUGAGUCAUGUUAUUCAUUGGUUGGUUCAUAAUUAUGAGACUUCAAGAUAUGCUAUUAUUGGCUUUGAUUUAAAGGAGAUGAGAAUGUCGGAGAUAGCUAUGCCGGAUGAUAUUAUUUUCAUUAGUAACACUUCUUUUUUAAAAUUUGGUUUGUUGGUACUCAGAGGACUUAUUAGUGCAUGGAUUACGAACAACUAUACAACUACUAUAUGGGUGAUGCACGAAUACAAUGUGCAUUCAUCUUGGACUAAGACUCUUUCUUUUCUUCCUGCUCCGGAUUUUUCGCCAUUAUGCUUUACAAACUGCGGCGAUAUAGUUGGGAUAGUUCGUGGUGGUGGAUUAGUCAAGUUUAAUGACAAAGGACAGCUACUUGAAGAUCACUCUUUUGGUAAAUGUUACUUCAAAAGGUCUAAAAUGAGGGUAUAUACAGAGUCUUUGCUUUCACUCCCUAGUGGCAACGGGCAAGCUUUAGCCGCCUCUUGA